CGAACGCUUUCGCUGUUACUCCUCAGCACCUCCUCCCAAGUCCCAAACCCUUGUCUCGCUCUUUCUCUCGCUCUCUCUUCAUCGCCUCUAGGGCUUCGCUGAGAUCCCUCCGAGAAGAGAAUGGGUUCUUCUCUCCCUCCCAAGGAGGCUAAUCUCUUCAAAGUCAUCGUUAAAUCUUAUGAGACCAAGCAAUACAAGAAGGGUUUAAAAGCUGCCGAUGCCAUAUUAAAAAAGUUCCCUGAUCAUGGAGAAACCCUGUCAAUGAAGGGAUUGACAUUGAACUGCAUGGAUCGAAAGUCUGAAGCAUAUGAACUUGUUCGCCGAGGCCUUAAGAAUGAUCUCAAAAGUCAUGUCUGUUGGCAUGUUUAUGGUCUUCUUUAUCGAUCAGACAGGGACUAUAAGGAAGCAAUUAAAUGCUAUAGAAAUGCUUUAAAGAUUGACCCUGAUAAUAUUGAGAUCUUGAGGGAUCUUUCCCUGCUACAGGCCCAGAUGCGCUAUCUGACAGGAUUUGUUGAAACUAGACAACAACUGCUAACAUUAAAACCAAAUCAUCGAACAAAUUGGAUUGGUUUUGCCGUUGCACAUCAUUUGAAUUCCAAUUGCUCCAAGGCAGUAGAGAUUUUGGAGGCUUAUGAAGGUACACUAGAAGAUGAUUAUCCUCCAGAGAACGAGCGGUAUGAGCAUGGAGAAAUGCUUUUAUACAAGAUAUCCUUGCUGGAGGAAUGCGGGUUACUGGACAGAGCUCUUGAGGAAAUGCAGAAAAAGGAGAGCAAAAUUGUUGAUAAGUUAGCGUUUAAGGAACAGAUGGUUUCGAUCCUAGUGAAGCUUGGUCACUUAAAGGAAGGAGAGAAAAUAUAUAGGUCCCUCCUUUUUAUGAAUUCUGACAAUUACAAGUACUUUGUCGGCCUGCAAAAAUGUUUAGGAUUAUAUUCUGAAAAGGGGCAAUAUACUGCAGAUGAAAUUGUCCAGCUUGAGUCUUUGUACAAAUCUCUUAGGGAGGAAUACACCUGGUCAUCUGCUGUUAAGCGAAUACCAUUGGAUUUUCUUGAGGGAGAAAAGUUCCAAGAGGCUGCUGACAGCUAUGUUAGGCCACUUCUAUUGAAGGGAGUUCCUUCUUUGUUCUCUGACCUUAGUCCAUUGUAUGACCAGCCAGAAAAGGCAAACAUUCUUGAAAAGUUAUUCCUUCAACUUGAAAAUUCUGUAAGAUCUACUGGAAGUUUCCCCGGAAGGUCCGAAAAGGAGCCACCUUCGACGCUCAUGUGGACCUUAUUUUUGUUAGCCCAGCAUUAUGACAGGCGUGGGCAGCAUGAUGUUGCUCUUGCUAAGAUUGAUGAGGCUAUCGAACAUACUCCGACUGUCAUUGAUUUAUAUUCUGCUAAAGCGAGGAUAUUGGAGCAUGCUGGUGAUCUCAUAGCUGCUGCUGCUAUUGCUGAUGAAGCAAGAUCUAUGGAUCUGGCUGAUCGUUACUUGAAUAGUGAAUGUGUAAUACGCAUGCUUCAUGCUGAUCAGGUGGGUUUAGCAGAGAAGACAGCUGUAUUGUUCACGAAGGAUGGAGAGCAGCAUAAUAACCUGCAUGACAUGCAAUGCAUGUGGUAUGAACUGGCUUCUGGUGAAAGUUUCUUCCGUCAAGGUGAUUUGGGGAGAGCUCUUAAGAAGUUCCUUGCUGUUGAAAAACAUUACUCAGAUAUCACUGAGGAUCAAUUUGAUUUCCACUCUUAUUGUUUACGUAAAAUGACUUUGCGGUCUUAUGUCUCAAUGCUGAAAUUUCAAGAUAAAUUGCAUUCACAUCCGUAUUUUGAGAAAGCUGCAGCAGGAGCAAUAAGAUGUUAUAUGAAGUUGCAUGAUUCUCCAUUAAAAUCAGGUGCGGAGGAGGAGAAUGCAAUGUCAAAGUUGGAUCCCUCACAGAAAAGGAAACUCAGGCAAAAACAAAGAAAAGCUGAAGCUCGUGCCAAGAAAGAGGCGGAAGAGAAAAAUGGGGAAGCACCCACUGGUGCUUCUAAAUCUGGGAAGCGCCAAAAUGCCAGGCCUGUUGAUUUAGAUCCUAAUGGGGACAAACUGUUGCAGGUUGAGGAUCCGUUAUUGGAAGCAACAAAGUAUUUGAAUCUUCUCCAGAACAACUCAUCAAAGUCAUUGGAAACACACAUAUUGUCUUUUGAACUGCAUAUGAGAAAGCAGAAGAUUUUGCUUGCAUUCCAGGCUGUCAAGCAGUUGUUAAAGUUGGACGCAAAUAACCCUGACUCCCAUCGUUGUCUGAUUAGGUUCUUCCAUAAAAUUGCCAACUCUGCAGCCCCAGUUACUGAUUCAGAGAAGCUUGUCUGGAGAGUUUUGGAUGCUGAACGGCCAGAUAUAAGUCAAUUAAAUGGGAAGUCCCUUGUGGAAGCCAAUGAUUUCUUCCUUGAAAACAAUAAAGCUUCCUUGAUGCAUAGAGCAGCAGCUGCAGAAAUGCUUUUUGUUCUGGAGCCUGAGAAGAAAGUUGAAGCAAUUAAAAUAAUUGAAGAUACAACAAAUAAUUUCGCUCCGAGAAAUGGCGCCCUAGGCCCAGUCAGGGAAUGGAAACUUGAUGACUGUAUUGCAGUCCACAAACUCCUUGAAACAGUCUUUAUUGACCAUGAUGCUGCUUCCAGAUGGAAAACACAAUGCGCAGAAUAUUUUCCCUAUUCAACACACUUCGGAGGUUGCUACAGCUCUGUCGUGUCUUGCUCAUCCAGUUGCAACACGAAGACUUCCCCUGAAAAUGGAAGUGUUAGCUUUCAGCAACCUGGGAGCGGAAUUGCCAAUUCAUUGAAUGGAAACCUCCACAUGCUCCAAGAAUUAAAAAUAUAGAGCAAUGCAUAGUAGUAGCAAGGGAGGGAGGUUUGAUUGAUUUGAUUCACACUUUUAAGGGCUGCAGAACUUGUGCUGCAUUCAUAGAAACAGUAAAGAAUUGAAGAGGAUGGACCAGAUGCUUGCUAAAGCGCGGACUGAUUUUUGAUGCACUGAAGUGUUAAUUUUAUCGGUCGGUUGGUGAUUUCCAUGAUUUAUGGAGUGGCAGUGCAUAAGUUCCUAAUGUGUACAAAAAGAAGUUCAACGUUCAACUGCCAACCAUCAGAGCAGCUAAUUAAUUAUGUAGAUUAGAGAUUUCUUUGCAAGCCAGUUACAGUCAUGUUCCAUGAUCGUUGACAAGCAAAAUUGGUUUGGUUGAGUUGCGUUUCUGCCCUCCCAUCAAAACCGUAAUUUUUAUUUCUGCCCUCGUCUUUGUAGCGUAAUCUGAAAAAUUUUGAGACGCCAAGUUGUGUGGAUUUAUUCUCUUUGCUGCUGUUGUUAUUA